CCUACAUGCAAUCCUUAGUAAUAAUGUAACAUUGAUUUGGGCUUCAGAUUCGAGCUCCUCGAACGCAUGGAGGUGGCUUGCGUAGCGCAGAUCUUAGCGGGACAUCAAGAUUCUCCUUUCAGUCCGGCACGACCAAAGAACUCACACAAUCACAGAUAGUCUUAAUAAUAGAGAUUCCCCCACGACAACACUAAUGGCCAUGGCGAUGUCUCGCAAACCUUCUCACCUCGUGGGUUUGCAGCCCCAUCCCGCAAACAUAGAUGGCGUACCAAUCCUGGCAACGUCUCCAGUGCCUACGUACAAUGGCUCGCGUGAAGCAAGGAAACAGUUACCGUUGAGCUUAAUAUUACUCAUAACCUCUUAUCUUGACAAUGUGGGUGACAUCGCACGCGUAACGCGCGCCUCAAGACUAUUGUAUUACUUGAACCUUCCUCGCUUGUACGAGCAUGUCACACUCCGCUCUUAUCCGAACAUACGAUACUUCGACGGGCAACCCGAAGGCUUAGGAGCAGGCAGCCCGUUUGCCAUGGGUCUCGAUGGGCUUGUGUCUAGACCGGUGGCUGGCUAUGUUAGGACACUGACGCUCGUAGGCCAUUUCAAAGAGCACAGAGAAGAUGAAUUUGAGAAAGGCCGAAUACCCGACAAUACUAUGAUGCUAAACAUUGUCAUAAGAGCAGCAAUUGACAAGAUGGACAAACUCGAGAGCUUUAGGUGGGAGCUCAGUUCAAAUCCGAUGAAGACAGUGUAUCAAGGUCUGUCCUCACGAGCAACGCUCACGAGCCUCAUCAUCAACUUUCCGACCUGCAGGAUUCCACGGCCAACAGUUAUAAUUCCGGGAAUUCCGAGCUUGAAGUACCUGCAUCUGAAAGGCAUGGACCCUUUGUGCUACAAUGACGAUCCAAGUCUGCUGCUACUAGAAGCAAAGAGACUGGAGACAUUAAAGCUGGAGUGGAAUCCACGAAUGCGUCGAGAACGCGAACCCAGCAUACAGUUAUCGCUCCUAUUUGGACGCUGCUUUGCUGCAAAUUAUCGCCUACCAAUAAAACAUUACGCAAUGAAGAACCUGUUCGCGCGGAAGGAGGCCAUGCUUGACUCGAUAAUGAAUCCAGCAACUUUUCAGUCGCUUACUGCAAUCAAUUGUAUGGACCCGCACGAUCCUGGGACUAUAUUCAUUGAUUCCACAUGGAUGAUGAGCAGCCAUAUGGGCAAAGAGUUCACGAACUUGAAAAAAAUUAGAAUAGACAAACUUGAUGAGAAAAGGGCAGAACCAUUGACUGAAUUCGAAAACCUUGAGGAGAUAUAUCUGAUUAACCGGAACCCAAAAGCAAGUCUCCCGUCCUCGGCGACAGCUUCGACGAACGGGAUAUCUGCACCAGCUUCGCCCGAUACACCUAUUACGCCAAUAAAUGCCGAUGUACCCAAGCAGCUCAUAGCAAUCGGUUCAGAAUAUCUCGCGGCAAUCUCUUCACGUCACGGGAAAACACUAAAGAAGCUGCUCCUUUCUGAUCGAUGGUCAUUGAGUCGCGAAGUGCUCAUGAAUCUUGUCCGUGAAUGUCCAAAUCUCGAACAGCUUGGUGUGGCCAUCGACAAGGAUAUUUCACCUCUCGAAGAUUUGAAAGAAGUUUGUCCAAACCUGAAAGCACUUAGGACAUUGCUCCGUAGAGACAACCCUUUUUUUGCGACUAUAAUGGAGAUAGAUAUUGAUACCCACUGCUUUGGCAUCGGCGCAAGGACAGCUGGAAAGGAGUAUGAUAAUUUUCGGUGGUUCGGUAUUGGAGACCUGUACUUCCGACUUGGAGACGUCAGGCAUUUCAAGGAUCCAAAAAGUGGACAGAUACGCCCAGUAAGGGUAGUUACGCCUGUAAGCUGGGACGUUAUCAAGGAUGUUGAAAUUUGGGGGGAGGAUACACUUGAUCUUUAAUGGAAUGUAUGGUACUAAUGCUGAGUCUUUUAAGGGUUCUAUAUGAUGGAAAUGCAAGGUCUUUUGUGCAGUAAUGUGUGUGGCGCUCAUUUCCUGCCAACCCAACUAGAUAAUAAUGCCCCUGAUGCAGUAUCACUAGCUUUGAUAGUGAUAAGUAUUAUAGAAUCAUGAACAUUCU